GGCCCCUACCUUGGCUGGCGCGUCUCAGUCGUAUCACAUAUUUAAUAGCUGCUACCUUGGCAACAGGGCACACAUCCCUUGCCAAGUUGUAUCAGCUUAGGGCUUGCAAGUCAACUUGCGUUCGGCUUGCGGGACGUAGUCUCCACUCUUGAUACCACCGAAGCAAUACAUUUGCUCUUCAGUUCAACCAUUAAGGCGUAUUCAUACGGCGCCUACGCCUUUGCCCCUCGGGUCAGCGUUGCCUCUGUUCCCGCGUAGCCUACCAGGAUGGGAAAAUCAGGGAGAGGCUUUAAAUGGCAUCUGUCACUUCUCGCGGUCGUGGUGAUGUCAAGUGCCUUGAAGGGCUCAGCGCAGCCAGGCAGGCCAGCCAAGAUUGCAACCAUGCCCACGGCGCCUCCUCCGCCCGCGCCGGUGGCUCCAGCUACGUAUCCAUCCUACCCGUUACGUCCGCCCCCAGGACCCUACGGACCCCCAGGCCCCACGUACCCACCCACCUACUCCCCUCCAAUCUACUCUCCGCCGAUGUACUCUCCGCCCAUAUACUCUCCGCCGAUAUACUCUCCACCGAUAUACACGCCACCGAUAUACUCGCCGCCCGUCUACCCUCCCGUCAUGCCUAGUCCUGAGCCUAGCCCCGAGGAGAGCCCCGCGCCCUCACCGGAGCCGGAGUCGUCACCUAGCCCUGCUGUGGCGUCACCCUUGCCCUUGCCCUCGCCCUCGCCCUCGCCCUCGCCCUCGCCCUCGCCCUCGCCCUCGCCCUCGCCCUCGCCCUCGCCCUCGCCCUCGCCCUCGCCCUCGCCCUCGCCCUCGCCCUCGCCCUCGCCCUCGCCCUCGCCCUCGCCCUCGCCCUCGCCCUCGCCCUCGCCCUCGCCCUCGCCCUCGCCCUCGCCCUCGCCCUCGCCCUCGCCCUCGCCCUCGCCCUCGCCCUCGCCCUCGCCCUCGCCCUCGCCCUCGCCCUCGCCCUCGCCCUCGCCCUCGCCCUCGCCCUCGCCCCCGCCCUCGCCCUCGCCCUCGCCCUCGCCCUCGCCCUCGCCCUCGCCCUCGCCCUCGCCCUCGCCCUCGCCCUCGCCCUCGCCCUCGCCCUCGCCCUCGCCUAGCCCGGUGCCUGGCCCUGAUGACUCGCCUCGCGAGUACAAGUGCAAGCCCGACGUGGGCCUGUGGAACGGCAAAGUGAUUGCUGACAUCAAGUUGCGCCCGCCGCACGACGAUUUUGAGGCCGUGACGUUGUGCGAGAAGGAAUGCAACACCAGGGACGGCGAAUGCACCGGCUACCACUAUGAGAAAGAUGGCUACUGCACGCUGUGGAGUGGCGACGUUCGAUUCACCCGCGGAGUGCCCAGCAACAUCAUCGCCUGCAUCUUCAUUGGCUACAAGAUGCCCGACCCGCCCUCGCCGGAGCCUCCACUGGUGCCGUUGCCCCCACCCCCUAGCCCGGAGCCCAGCCCUAGCCCCAGCCCUAGCCCAGUGCCGGCACCUGAGGCAAGCCCCAACCCGAGCCCCAGCCCGAGCCCUAUCACCAUUCCCAGCCCCAGCCCCAGCCCUUUGCCCGCCCCAUUACCCAUGCCAAGCCCCAGCCCUGCCCCAGUGCCUAGCCCCCGGCCCGACCCAAGCCCCAGUGAUGACUCGCCUCGAAACUACAAAUGCAAAGACGAUGUGGGUCUGUGGAACGGCGACCUGAUCGACAGGCUGAAACUGCGCCCGCCACUGAAUGACGUGGACGCCGCGGCACGCUGCCGUGCGGAGUGCAACAAGCGUGACGGUGUGUGCGCAGGCUACGACUACGCCAGCGAUGGCUACUGCAAACUUUGGGGUGGUGACGUCCGCUACAACCGGGGUAGUCCUGGUGACAUCAUCGCCUGCAUCUUCACCGGCUACAAGAUGCCCGACCCGCCCUCACCAGAGCCGCCUUCGCCUCCCCCACCACCACCGCCUCCCAGCCCCCUCCCGCCUGCACCGCCUCCACCCAGCCCCCCACCGCCUAGUCCCCCCCCGCCCAGCCCCCCGCCGCCCAGCCCUUCCCCUCCUAGCCCCAGCUCUAGCCCAAGCCCGAGCCCAAGCCCAAGCCCGAGCCCCAAGUCUAGCCCCAGCCCCAGCCCCAGCCCCAAGCCUAGCGCCAGCCCUAGCAGCCCCGGAUCUGGACGCUCUUACAGCUGCAAGAAUGGUCUUAGCCUUUGGAACGGUAACCAGCUGGAGGUCAUCACCAUCAAGCUGCCCACCAAUGAUGAGGCGGUGGCCAAGUGCCAGGAGAACUGCAACAACAAGCCAGGGUGCACUGGGUUCCAUUACAAGACGACCACGCGCUGCUAUCUCUGGGGGGGAGCUAACCUUCUGUUCACCAAGCCGUAUCCGUCUGAUGUGAUGGCUUGCAUAUGGACGCAGCAAUUCUCUCGUAGUUCAAGCAACAGAUGACCCUGAGCUUUGAGCGGCUUGCAGUGCCAUUACCGUGAUGUUAAGUUGCCGCAGAGGGAGAGACACAAUUCCUUGAUCAACCUUUAUUCUCUUGGGACUUGUACGCACACGGCAUGGCACGGCCCUGUUGGGGGCCCCCAUCCGCAUUCACCGCACGCUUGCUGCAGCUGCGAGUAUCAAGAUGCACUGCAUGGAGCUUUGGGCGUGCAGUUAGUUAGUCAACGCAUCACUACCAGAACUUGCUGGUUGCAACGGUGUGCUCUUCACGCAUAUGACAUGCGGUGUGUAUGUUCAAGGUUUCUCCUGUAGGUCGCCUGGAAACGAUGGUAGGGCGCUGGGACAGUAGGGUAGAGAGCACUGUGCGAGCCCGGCUACAAGAACAGCCACAACCGCAAGCAGCAGGGCAAGCCUCUGGAACCGUGGCUGCAGCGGCUGCUGGCGGCUGUGCGGCAGCCCUUUUAAAAGCUUAAAAAUGGGGCCUGACUCCGGAGACUGUUCAUAGUGAUGCUUCAUUAUGGGCUGCAGGUUACUGCCGCUGCUCAGACGUUUUUACGGUUACUGACGUUGUCCGGUUGUCGUGUGUAUCACGUCACAUAUAUCAAUUGAUGGCCAUGCGCUGGCAUGAACCGGUGGGAUGUGCGGGGCUAUGUUUUGGGUUUCUAAAGGCGCGGGCUGCGGGCGGGUGCUAGGUAGCAUCCCCAUUAGCUGCUAAUUAUUAUCAACCGCGCCUAUGGACGACCUAUGGAGGAGAGGAUUUGCCCGUUAUGUGUUGCAAAUGAAGUCGAAGAUGAGAAUCAUGUGCUCAUGCGGUGUACGGCCUACGACCAGUUGCGUGCGAUUUGGGUAGCGAUAUCGAUUUUACAGGCGGGAUGCAGGCCGUUAUGCAGAAUACGGACCCAGCCAGGUUAGCCGCGUUACUAGAUUCCAUUUGGGAGCACAGGAGCAGAAGCACCCCCAUUCGGGGACCAAACUAGCUGCAUAUAUAUGUGUUGCAGGCGUUAUAAGGGCCCCCCGGCCCGGGCCUCGGUUUCUACAAGGACAGGAAUGCACGUCGUGCUCACCACCUUGUAACCACACACACAC